AUGUAUCUAGUAUACCUGUCCAUCCUCUUGUGCGCCUGUACAUCCGUGACCGGCACUACGCCUCAAGGAACACACGCAGAAUACGACUACGUUAUCGUUGGUGGAGGAACUGCCGGCCUCGUCGUCGCCGCUCGUCUGAGUGAAGAUCCUACGAUAACGGUAGCGGUAGUUGAAGCCGGCGUCCAUCAUGUCAACGAGCCGCUGGUGGACACUCCGCAGUUCUUUGGGCGAGCCAUCGGGAACCCCGCCUUCGACUGGAACUUCCAGACGGUGCCGCAACCAGCUCUAAACAACGCGAGCGUGCACCAGGCCAGAGGCAAAAUGCUCGGUGGGUCAAGUGGGCUCAAUUUCAUGGCCUGGAACCGAGCGUCUGCGAAGGAGUAUGAUGCAUGGGAAGAGCUCGGCGCAACAGGAUGGAACUGGAAAUUCUUGCUGCCAUAUCACAAGAAGAGCGAGACCGCAUCUCCCCCGCCCCCUCAGGGAAUCUUGCCUGGCGCUGUCGAACUUCCAGAGUCGGUCUUCGACGUGUUUCAUGGGCAGUCGGGGCCUAUACAGCCGUCGUACAACGACUUCUACAGCAACCUGACGGCGCCCUACGUGCAGACAAUCAACGGUUUAGGGAUUCCGACAAAUAGCGACGCUUAUACCGGACAUGCAACUGGAAUAUACAACACUGAACACGCUGUCGACAAGAAGAAGGACGUCGGGCAGCGCUCAUACGCAGCGAGCACAUAUUACAAUAUCAGCGCAGACCGCCCUAACUUGACAGUGUUUUUGACCACGCAGGCGACCAAGAUCGACUUUGAAUCAUCGUCUAACUACAGCCAUCCAUUGAAAGCUUCUGGCGUGAAUGUAGUGGCAAUCAACUCUACCGGAUUCACCGGCACCCUUUUAGCACGAAAGGAAGUUAUCCUCUCUGCGGGAGCCAUCCAGACCCCUCAAAUGCUUGAGCUUUCGGGUAUCGGAAACCAGGCAAUCUUAGAGCCGCUUGGAAUCGAAACGUUGAUCGACCUUCCCGGAGUCGGCGAGAACCUGCAGGACCAGCCUUUUAUCGCAUUAGACUUCGAACUGAGGGGUCAUUUCUGGACGUACGACAUGCUGAGAAAUAACGAAACGUUCUUACUUGACCAAGAACAAGAAUAUGCCGUGAACCAUACAGGCGUAUUUGCCCAGCUGGCCUCCCCACGAACAUUCCCACCAUUCACGGCGUGUACUCCGCCGGGUGCUGCGGCGAAGAUUCGCGAGCUCGCGCUCUCGCUCUCGGCGUCGCCCGACAUCUCCCCGCUUGCAAGGGCGCAGUACCAGAUCCAAGACGGCUGGUUAUCUGACGACGACGUGGCUCAUAUAGAGGUUAUUAUGACGCCAGGCGGAGGCUCAACGUCGAUUCCUGCGACUCCGAAUAAGACUUACGUGACGCUUAGCCUCGGACUGAUGCAUCCUUUCGCUCGGGGUACAGUUCAUAUCAACAGCAGUGACCCACUUGCAGCGCCAGUCAUCGACCCCAAGUACGUGGGGAAUGAUGUGGAUUUCGAGUCGAUGCUUGAAAGCGUCAAGUUCGCGCAAAAAAUCGCUGCCAGUCCACCUCUGGUGGAUGCUGUGGCGGGGUCCCAUAACCCUCCCGCAAACUCCACGGACGAAGCAGGCCUCAUUGCAUACUUGAGGGCUGCGACCGGGCCAUUCUUCCACCCCGCUGGAACUGCUGCCAUGGUUUCACGUUCGCUCGGAGGUGUCGUCGAUCCCACAUCCCUCAAGGUGUAUGGCACCUCGAACCUGCGCGUGGUAGACGCGUCACUGGUGCCUAUGCAGAUCGCAGCGCACCUGCAAACCGCUGUUUAUGCGAUUGCCGAAAGGGCUUCGGACAUCAUCAAACAAGAGCUGUAUUGA